GGUUCCGAAUCCUUCGACCUCGAAUACUUCAAAGUUCACAAGCUGUUAGCAAGUUGUUCAGUUGCCACUAAUCGAGUGGUCAUACACGGGCUAAGGCUCAAGUUGAAUUGUCUUCUGGGAAACCAUGGACGGCGCACCUACAGACUCUACUCACCUGGAUUGGACAAAUGUCGGCCUCGGUUUCUCCUUCAUUCUUUUCAAUGCCCUCAUUUCCACCUCCCUACAACUCGGAGUAGGGUCAUCACUACUCUCCGCAGCAAUACGCUGUGUAGUUCAGUUAGGGUUAGUCGCGUUAGUGCUGCAGAAAGUGUUCGAGACAAAUAAUCCAUGGGCAGUGGGCGGUAUCGCAUGUUUGUUGAAUUUACUUGGAACUAUCGAGGCAGUUGUAAACAAGUCUAAAAAGCGUUACAACCAUAUGUUUUCCUCCGUAUUGUUCGGUAUGCUGUGCUCUACGAUACCUGUCUCUAUCAUCGGCAUUCGCUUCGCCAUGGCUAUAGAGCCGUUCUGGAAGCCCGAACAAUAUAUUCCUAUUGUUGGCAUGUUAUGUGGAGGCACGAUAUCGGGAAUUGUUGUUUCCGUGUCCUAUGUACUACAAGAGAUCUACGACAAUCGUGACAAAGUAGAAAUGUACCUCGCAUUUGGAGCAUCCCGUUUUGAAGCGUGUAGACCUGUUGCACGAGAAGCACUUCGACUCGCACUGACUCCAACGAUCAACCAAAUGAGCGUGAUCGGAAUCAUUGCUAUUCCCGGUAUGAUGACUGGUGCCAUUCUUGGUGGCUCUUCCGUUCAGCAGGCAGCGCGGCUGCAGAUGGUUAUCAUGUUUAUGAUAUCCGCAUCCACAGCACUUGCAUCUAUUCUCACCACGAUUACAACCCUUGCUGUCGUGGUCGAUAACGAGGACCGCCUCCGCCCGGAUCGCGUCGAUGUGCGCGAGCAUCCGGUCUGGCGUGCGAGGAAUUGGCUCCUCAGUCGAGCAGUGGAUGGGGUGAAAUUCACUGUGCGGAGCUGUCGUGGGCUCAGACACAAGGAUGGACAGAACGGUGGUGCGGAGACGGCGAGGUUGCUGGGGUGAUCAUGUUGUUCUAUCAAAUUAUUCCCGCUUCCUUGCUGACAGCGCGGAGUGUUCCACUCUCUUUAUUUAAAUCCUAUUGUGUAUGGACGACGAUUUUAUACCCUGAUCCUGGAAGCCCACGUACAUAGUACGCAGUGUUACUAUGUAAUGUUAAGAGGACCAUGUCUUGACUUAUAAAUUGUUAAGCUGAGGUCCAUAAGCGUCAACUCUAAA